GCGUGCUGGCGUUACGCGUAGCGCGGUGACGCAUGGACGUGCUUAGUCACGUGCCCCCCUCCGGCGAUGAUGGAGCGAGCCGCCGCUGAGGCCGUCUCUCAGGUGGUGCUGCCCGGGGACCUGCUGACUUUCCCGCCCAACUCCGGGGACAGGGUCCUGUGCGGGCCCGGCCUGAGGCGCCAGGGCUGCGGGCAGCUGUCCGGACAAGCUCUGGUGGCCUGCAAGUCCGGCGUGCUCCGGCAGAAAGAGCCCUCGGUCUACUGGGUGGAGUCGCAGCAGAAGCGGUAUGUACCAGCUAAAGGAGAAUACGUGAUCGGAGUUGUGACUACAAAGUCUGGUGAUAUAUUCAAAGUUGAUGUUGGAGGAAGUGAACAAGCUUCAUUGUCAUAUUUAGCAUUUGAAGGAGCUACGAAACGAAAUCGACCAAAUGUCCAAGUUGGAGAUCUUGUUUUUGCACAGUUUGUUGUGGCCAAUAAAGAUAUGGAACCAGAACUGGUUUGCAUUGACAGCUGUGGCCGAUCUAAUGGGAUGGGAGUGAUUGGACCAGAUGGAUUAUUAUUUAAAGUUUCACUGAGUAUUGCACGCAAGCUGCUUUCUCCAAACUGUGACGUCAUGAAGAACCUCGGGGAAUUGUACCCAUUUGAAGUAGUGGUUGGAAUGAAUGGACGGAUAUGGGUAAAAGCCAGAACAUUGAAGCAUACGUUAUUAGUGGCUAAUGUAUUGGAAAGCUGUGGGAACAUGACUGCGGAACAAAGGAGACAUGUCUUCAAAAAACUGUCAGAAAAUGUGCCAUAAAUCCAAGACUCAUCAAAUUCAAUAUGAGUGUUUUGAACUUGGAUAAAUGUCCUUGAAGAUACAAACACUGGAAGAAAAAUG